UAUAUUUUGUUAGAGGUUAUAAAAUUUCCCGCCAUCUGCGUAAACGUGAGUAAAACAGAAAGUUCUUCUCCAAAGAAUACAAGUAUGCCUGGAGUGGAAGACUGGACAGACAAUCCGCUGGAUGUUAUUCAGAAUCUAGUUGACCAACAUGGAAUAUCAGACAACACGGCCAUCAGAGACUACUUUGGUAAACGAUUGCAGCACAAGAAGGCAUUGGCCAUGAUUCCAUCUUUAAACAAUGUUGCCCUCCACAACUUGAGGCCCAACAGCCUCGUGAAGUACCGAUGUAUGAUACAGGACAUGUUCGACCCUGAGUUUUACCUCGGAGCUUACGAGGUCACCGACAUGAAGUCAAAACAAACCCAGAUGUUGUCAGGGAAAUACAAGGACAUUGCAGAUGCACGGACCCACCAGGAGGUUAACAUCGAGUCAGGCAGGAAUGUGACGAUGGACAGACAGACGUUGUAUUGUGUUCCUGUGCCAGGAGAAUCGGACUGGGUCAAGGCAGGUUAUGCCAGCCAAAAUGUGCAAACACCUGGAGCCUCCACCUCUAACCCCCAUGGCAGGUCAAAGAGAGGUCGUGACGAGGAUAGGGAUCAAGGUGUAGCGGAUGUUAGUGAUCAACCAAUGAAUGACAUCGAUGCAAAUGAGGCUGGAGCAGCUAAUGGGGGCGUUGCCCCUAGUGAUACUGAGCCGAAGAGGAAUAGAACGGCGCCAUCUGCUGGUGCUGCUCAGUCAUCCUCAGUGGAUCUCAACUAUCCCCUCCCCGGGGAAACAGGCCUGGCUUGUCUUGUGAAGAUCUAUGAUGAUAUUGAUAGUUUCAAAGUCAACGACAGUGUUGAGUUUAUUGGCAUCCUGUCUGUGGAUCCAUCUAUGGCCCAGUUCAACGUCAAACCGGAAGGAAUGGAGGAAGUCCACCCUGAGUUUGAGACGGAGGCUGAGAGAAACGCCCACGCACCACCACCAUCUCUCGUCCCCCGACUCCACGCUAUCCUGUCCCGGAAACUGGCCCACAACAACCCCCACCUGCCCCCAGUCAUCACAGACCCCGACUUUGUACAGGCCCUGACCACUGUACAGUCCGAAAUAUCCAGAAUCAGGUCCGAGCUUCUCUCUAUCUUGGAACAUGCUGUCUUCGGAGACUCCCUCAGUGCUGAGUAUCUGCUGUGUCAUCUCAUCUCCAGUGUUUACAACCGGGCGGACAUGAUGCCCCUGGGGAAGAUGAGCCUGAACAUCAGUGGGUGCCCCGCCCCCUCCCGCGACUACAGUCAGCUGGUGCAUUGUCUCGUGUCAGGGCUCGUCACGCAGUCACAUCUGUUUCCACUGACGAUCGAGAACAUGAACCAGCUGAAACUGUCUCCGGCCAAAGACUACAGCGCUAACCGACUGCGUAGCGGACUGCUGCAGCUGAGUGAUGCCACACAGCUGAUUGUGGACGAGACGAUGUUGCAGCCAGGCCAGCUCAACCCGGAUGGUCUGAAGAACAUCACAGCGCUGGGCAACCUGAUCAAAUGGGCGAAGGUUGAGUACGACUUCAACUACCACACGCAGGAGUUCCCGACCAAUGUCAACGUGUUGGUGCUGUCGGAGGGCGAGUCUCUGUUACCAAAAGACUGCCACACAAAGCUGGAGAAGCGCCAGAAUCCGGAUGACCUGAGGUCGUACUUCAGUCAACUUGAUGCAAGGCUGACGGAUGAGUUGCUGGGCAAGCUACGAGUCUACUUCACUCUCACCAAGCAGCUGGAGUACUCCAUCUCUGACGACUUACAGAAGCUCAUCCAGGAUGACUUCGUGACGACAAGGAAGGAUAACCCCAAGUGCAUGACAGUUGACAACUUCCACAGUCUGCUGAGUCUAGUCAGGUUGUUGACCUUGAGUCACUGCCAGACCUGUCCGACCCUUGACCUGUGGACGAGAGCCAAGCAGCUGGAGACGGAGAGGAGACAGCGGGUUGGACCCCCGCGGACAACACCAGUGUAAGACCAGCGUCCAUGGUGCAGUGUUGUUGUCAAAGACUUGUCUGUGGGGCUUCCAGGACAGAGCAGCUACCGAGGAUCCCUUGGAGGGGCAGACACCAGGAGUUGAUGCAGCUCAUUUCACAACAGUGGAUAUAUGCAGUAUAUCAUGAUCUUUCAGUGGUAUUUUGAAACUUAACUAAAGAUAACAUGGAUGAUCAUAUUGUAGCGAUAUUUUGAUGUUGAUUCAAACAUUGUUAUCAAACAUCACCCAUGUUAGCUCGAUCAUAUUCUGUUUGUUAUGUCUUGUGUGAGCGUACGGAGGAAGUGUGGAUUCGAGGUCUUUUGUUUGUGAACAACAUCCUGCUUUGUCAAAUACAUCAUUGUAAUGACCCACCACCAACAUAUAACACAUAUGCACAUGUGGCAGAUAUGUUGCCCUUAUUAUUCGUUUGUUGUUUAAAGCCGCAUGCAGCAAUAUUCCACGUAUAUGACAGCGGUCUGUAAAUAAUCGAGUCUGCACCAGACAAUCCAGUGAUUGACAUCAUGAGCAUCA